AUGCCGUCUGACAUUAGGAGCUUUUUUGGCGGGAAGCCACCGCAAAGCUCCGCUGAGUCGCCAAAACCUGCGAAGAAAGAGGACCCAUCUGCAACAAGAAAAAGACGUAGUAGAAAGGUGGUGGAUGACAGCGAUGACGAGGAAGAAGUCCCGCCUGUGAAGGCUACAACCCCGAAAGCAAAGCCCAAGAGCCAACCGAAGCCCGAAGAAACGAAAGGAGAACCCACAACGACCUCAGAUUACUUUGCUUCCAGCAAGAAGCGGGGAAGACAGGCCAAGACUGAACAACCCGUCGCCAAAAAUGAAACACAGGAUGACAAAACGACGACAGGCGAGUCUCCAGUGAAACUACCGAAGAGAGAUUCUAGCAAGAAAGCCACAACUAUUGUCGACGAUGAUGAAGGGCUCGGUGGCGAUGAUGUAUUUGCCACGGAGUAUAAAAGACGCGGAAAGGGUGAUGAUGAUUAUGUUGAAGGAGGGGACAGCGACGAUGACGAUGACGCUUUCGAAGUCCCGGAAGCCAAACCAUCAACUGUAUCCAAGCGCACUCAGAAGAAACAGCCAACAUACAAAGAGGAUGACGACGACGACGACUUUGAGGUAAUGGAAGUUAAACCACCGGCUGCAUCCAAGCGCACCAAGAAGAAGCAGCCAACCUAUGAUGAGGACGACGAUGUUGUGAUGGAUGAACUCCCAGCACCUGCCUCCAAAGCAGCUCAACCGGGUCGCAAGCGCAAGUCAGAGGCUCUAAUUGACAAGGACGAGGGUGGCAAUUUCGAGGACGCUAAAAAGCCCGCAUCUCGAUCCAAGGCGUCCAAGGGAUCCGAUUCGCCAGCCGCGAAGAAACCUAAAGCAACUCCGAAGAAAAAAGAGGAGUCCGGCCUCCAACUCCCCCCCCAAGACGAUGGCGAGAAGAAGAAAUGGAAAUUUGGUGAGCAACGCUCCCGCACUCCACCAACAACCGGGACCAAAGAUAUUCCCGUUGGCGCAGAAAAUUGUCUCGCAGGGUUGGCCUUUGUUUUCACUGGUGUGCAGGAAACUCUCGGUCGAGAAGAGGGCCAGGAGCUAGUCAAGAGAUAUGGUGGCAAGGUGACUGGUGCGCCUAGCUCUAAAACCAGUUACGUUGUUCUUGGAAGUGACGCGGGUCCCUCGAAACUCAAGACAAUUGCUAAACACAACUUAAAAACAAUUAGCGAAGAUGGACUUUUCGAGUUGAUCCGCCGCCUGCCCGCUAAUGGUGGUUCAGGAAAAGCUGCUGCGCAGUAUGAGGCCAAACAGAAAGCCGAAGAAAACAAGAUCCAACAAAUGGCCAAGGAGAUCGACGCAGAGGAAAAGAAGAAGGCGGAGGAGAAAAAGAAGCAGGCUGCUGCUACCAGCAAUGCUCCUAACGCAAGCGCUCCACCCGCUUCGAAGGGUCCUCCCGUCGAUGACCAGCUUUGGACCACCAAGUAUGCACCAACAUCUACUUCGAUGAUCUGUGGAAAUAAGGCUGCCGUUGAGAAGAUACAAAACUGGUUGCGCAAUUGGCGCAAGAGUGCAAAGAUGAACUUCAAAAAUGCCGGCAAAGACGGCUCCGGAGUCUACCGCACGAUCAUGAUUCACGGUCCACCUGGCAUUGGCAAAACCACGGCUGCGCACAUGGUCGCCAAGCUAGAGGGAUACGAUGUCAUUGAAUCCAAUGCUAGUGAUACACGAAGUAAGAAACUCGUUGAGAAUGGCACUUUGGGUGUCCUUGAUACUACAUCUCUCCAAGGCUACUUUGCUGGAGACGGAAAGAACGUGGACAGUAACAAGAAGAAUGUCUGCUUGAUCAUGGAUGAGGUUGACGGUAUGUCCGCCGGUGACCGCGGUGGAGUCGGUGCGCUUGCAGCCAUUGCGAAGAAGACCAGCGUUCCACUCAUUUUAAUUUGCAACGAACGGAAACAACCGAAGAUGAAGCCUUUUGACUUUGUCACGUUUGAUGUUCCAUUCAGACGCCCCACGGUCGAGCAGAUUCGAGCCAGGUUAUCCACAAUUUGCUUCCGUGAGAAGCUGAAGAUCCCACCUCCGGUCUUGGAUAGCCUCAUUGAAGGUACACAUGCCGAUAUUCGACAGGUCAUCAACAUGCUCUCUACUGCCAAGCUGGACCAGGAGAGUCUCAGCUUCGACAAGGGUAAGGAGAUGUCAAAGGCAUGGGAAAAGCACAUCAUUCUCAAACCCUGGGAUAUUGUCAGCAAGAUUCUCAGCGCCCAGAUGUUCUCACCCAGCUCCACUUCUACACUGAACGACAAAAUCGAGCUUUACUUCAACGACCAUGAAUUCAGUUAUCUGAUGCUUCAGGAGAACUACCUGAAGACCCGACCUACUCUAGCCGGAAAUUACCACGACAGAGAGAAGAAUUUGAAGCUUCUUGAGCUUGCAGACAAUGCGGCUUCGAGUAUCAGUGAGGGUGAUUUGGUGGAUCGCAUGAUUCAUGGAACCCAACAGCAGUGGAGUCUCAUGCCUACUCAUGCUGUUUUCAGUUUUGUCCGACCAGCUAGUUUCCAGUUCGGAAACAUGACCGAGAGGGCAUCAUUUGCCGGCUGGUUGGGUCAGAACAGUAAACAAGGAAAAUUGUCACGAUUCGUCAAGGAGAUACAAGGUCACAUGCGUCUUCGUACAUCUGGAAACCGUGAUGAGAUCCGCCAGCAAUACAUGCCCCUUCUCUGGGAUAAAACUAUCCGUCGUAUGAUGGAUGAAGGCAAAGAUAGCGUCGAGGACAUCAUUGAUUUUAUGGACUCUUACUACUUGACGCGCGACGACUUCGAUUCAAUGCUUGAACUUGGACUCGGGCCAAUGGAUCAGUCAAAUGUCAAAUUGGAGACACAGACCAAAUCUACCUUCACGCGUCUGUAUAAUUCACGCUCCCACCCGAUGCCUUUCAUGAAGGCCAGCAACGUCGUUGCGCCUGCCAAAAAGGGUCCCAAGGAGAAGCCCGAUAUUGAAGAUGCUCUUGAGGAGUCCGAUGAAGAGGAGGUUGUCGAGGAAGUCAAGGAUGAAGACGAGGAACUCGAUCUCAAGAAAGACAAGUAUGUCAGCCAACCUAAGAAGAAGGCGGCCAAGGGUGCUGCGAAGGGCAAGAAGACCACCAAGAAGGCAGCGAACGAUGACUUCAUUGACGAUGACGAAGAGAAGCCUAAGAAGGCCCGGAAGAGUAGGGCCAAGGCCAAGGAUUAA